AUGAAGAUCGCCGUGCUGGUUCUGUGUCUGGCCGCUGCGUUUGGUGCUGCUGCUGCCGUUGCACCACCGUGCAACGGCACGGCGAUGACCCAGCUUCUCGGUACUGGAGACGUGAGAGCUUGCAGCGCCAUGUUCGGAAACAGCUCCGCGUCGUUGGAACCGCCCUCCGACGCGCAGGUCACUGCCGUGUGCAACAACAACGCCUGCAUGAAGUCACUGGGCGCGCUGAAGCAAGUCGCCCCAACCGAAUGCACGAUCGGGCCUAUCCUUCUACACGCAAAUAUCAUCGAUCCGAUCCUGCAGCGCUGCGCGAAUAAGACUCGAUCGGCCGGUUCCGCUGGAUCGGUCAGUGCGUCAGGAUCUGGUGCAGGACCCUCGGUUGGUGAUGUCAGUGGAUCGGCAUCUGGAUCGGGACCCAUGGCUGGAGACGUCGGUGGUGGUGGAUCGGCAACGAAGUCGCCGGCGACAAGCAAGCCACGUACGAAUAGUCCGGCGAAUCCUCGAACUGGUUCGGCGUCAAAGGCGCCUGGAAACGAAGCCCCCACUCUCUCCACCUGCGCUGCGAUUGUAGUGCUUGCUGCCGUGGUUGCCGCGCUGGUCUAA